GCUUCACAGUCUCUCCAAGUUCGCUGACAGUCACGCCGCUCACCCACCAUACAAAAACAAGAAAAUUAAAAAAAUUAAAAAUAAUAAUAAUUGCCCCCUCUCUCUCUCUCUCUCUCUGGUAGUAGUAGUAGUUUGAUGCCCUGUGUGGUUGGUUGGGUCAAAUCUUGUUCUUUACUCCCUCCCACUGUCAUAAUCUUCUCUCUGCAAUUCACCGCUUUAAUUUAGUUGCCGUUUCUCAUCCAGUCAGUCAAUAAUUGUCUUCUACUUACUACUAUUACUUUUUUACAAGGAGGCAGCCUGUCCUGUUGACAAAAAAAAAAACGGAUUUUAUUCCAUUUAUGUUGUUGAUUAAUGAUGUAAAAAUGAAAAAUAAUUACCGUUUUAAUUUCGUUGGUAGUACUAGUACUAGUACCGGUAGUAGUAGUAGUAGUAGAAGAAAAGAAGAAGGAAUCAAUAAGAGAGAAUUAAACCUAGCUAGCAGCUAGGUUGGUAGUGUAGACUCGGUCGAAUUAAUCAAUCAUCAAUCAUGUCAGGAGGAGGGCUGUAUAAUCCAAACUUCUCCCCCGUUAGAGCUGCUUCUCCUCAGAUUAGACCCAACCCAUCUUCAGACAUGGACAUGAGUCAGUAUCUGUCGGAGUUGCUCGCCGAGUAUCAGAAACUUGGACCCUUCAUCAAAGUCCUUCCCAACUCCAGUCGUCUCUUGAAUCAAGAAAUAUUAAGAGUUUCUGGGAUGUUAUCCAAUCAAGGUUUUGGUGACUUUGACAGACUGCGGCAUAGAAGCCCCAGCCCUAUGGCUUCUUCCAACCUCAUGUCAAAUGUCACUGGGACAGGGUUGGGUGGAUGGAAUAGUCUUCAACAGGAGAGAUUAUGUGGAACGCCUGGAAUGACAAUGGACUGGCAAGGCGCGCCUGCAAGUCCUAGCUCAUACACUGUUAAAAGGAUUUUGCGCUUGGAAAUUCCAGUUGAUACAUUCCCUAAUUUCAAUUUUGUUGGAAGACUUCUGGGACCUAGAGGCAAUUCUUUGAAACGGGUAGAAGCUACUACAGGUUGCAGGGUGUUUAUUAGAGGAAAGGGAUCAAUAAAGGAUCCAGACAAGGAAGAGAAAUUGAGAGGACGACCAGGAUACGAGCAUCUCAAUGAGCCACUCCACAUAUUGAUUGAGGCUGAUUUACCUGCUAAUAUUGUUGACAUGAGGCUUAGGCAAGCUCAGGAAAUUAUAGAAGAAUUGCUAAAACCCGUGGAUGAGUCAGAGGACUUCAUCAAGAGGCAGCAGUUGCGGGAGUUGGCAUUGCUGAAUUCAAAUUUGAGAGAAGAGAGUCCUGGGCCAAGCGGUAGUGUAUCUCCAUUUAACUCUAGUGGAAUGAAGCGAGCAAAAACUGGUAGAUGAAAGGCAUCCUUGUCGUCGUAGAUUGGCAUUUUGUUUUCCAGCAAUUGAUUGCUGAGAAUAUCUUGCAGUACAUCUCAAUGAAUGCAACUAUGAAAGAAUAGGCUAACAAUUAUUGCUGGCUGGUGGUUUUUCAUUCCCUUUUAUCCUACAUUUUUCUUCUUAAACAACAGGGAGCGACGGUGGAAAGAUUUUUAAAAAGAAAUGAUAAAAUAAUAAUUAUGUUGGGUAUUAAGAAUAGGCUUGUUCAGAUCAGUGUUUUCAAUAUAAGCUUAAUACAUCUAUUGGAUUUAUUCUUGUGUCAAUAACUUGCGUAGAAGCGUGUAAUAUACAAGUGAUGGGUGAAGUUUAAGGUCUAAGUCGACCAAGUUUUGUGGGCAUGUGACAUGUCAAGUCUCACUGGUUAUUAUUAUUAAAGUAAAGAUUCUUUUUA